UCUCUCUCCCACUUCCUCAACACUCUCUCUGUCUCUCUCGCUCUCUCUCCCUUUCUUUCUCUCUCAUUGACACACACAGACAAACUACAGUAUAUGUGGAGGAGGAAAGAGAUGUUCAGACAUCCGUUUUCACAGCUGUCUUGUGACAACCUAUUUUAAACAUCAACAUGGACUUCGACUACCAGCGCUUAAAAGAUGUUGAAAGCAGGCGAGAGGAGCAUAUCAGCUGCCUGCCUAUCCAACCCCAAAAGCUUGUACCACACCAGCAUUCUGCUCAAGACCCGCCCACCCGGCAGACUCCUCCAAUCAAACCCAGGAGGAGCUUAAAGGUCCCCAAAACCCCUCUGGAGGAGGUGGCGGCUCUACCAGCCAAACAAACCAUUGGCCAGGAGAAUGAGACAGUAGUGAAGAGGGUGUCUCCUGCCCUGACUCUGGGUGGCCCCGGGCCCGUGAAGCCCUUGUCUCCGUCCCUUCGGGCCCACACCAUGCUGUGGUUCGAGAGGACACAGCUCCCCCGCCUGCGUCAGUCUGGCCACCCCCUACCCCGCUGGCUACAUGGCUUCGCCACGCGCAGGGAGGCAGAGGAGCUUCUGAAGGACAAGCAGCAGGGCUGUUUUCUGAUCAGGCUCAGCGAGUCAAAGAUUGGUUUUGUACUCUCGUACAGAGGAAAGGAUAGAUGCCGCCAUUUCAUCAUAGAGGAAGAAGAGGGUGGCAGAGGGGCAUGUUACCUCAUCGCUGGGGAGGAGAGUCGCCAUAGAAGCCUGCAGGAGCUGGUCAGCCACUACACCCAGAAUCCCGUGGGGCCCUUCAACGAGAUUCUCAACACGCCCUGUGACGAGUCCAAUGAAAGUUUUGAGAGUACAGUUAAACUGGGGUUGCAGGAUGAAGGUGGAGAGACAACGAAAGUGACCAAAAUGGAAGCCACUGUACGGUCAUCAACUGCACCCUCGGCUCCUGACACUGUCCGAGUUCAAGAGAUAUUGGCUAGCUCAGUCCCUACAGAUGACGGGGUGCCAGAGUAUGCUGUGGUCAGGAAGGUGCUCAAGAAGUCCUGUUCUCUACCAGAAAGCCAGUUUAGGGAACUGAUGGAGGUGACAAAUCUGAUCGCCCCCCCCCAAGAUGUGACAAAACCUGGUGUUAGCUGUGUAGGAGCAUGUGGGAGAGGUUAUGACGACACCAAAGCACUGUACGCUCAGGUCAACAAGUCACCAAGCAUGCUUUCCCAGGCAGACAUAACUCCCAAAGUCAAUGUGGGCAACCCACCAGGCCAGAGGGCGGAGGCAGCGUCCUCCGUCCUGCUCACGAGCAGUGGCUCCAACGAGGACCCGAGUUACUGGAAGCUGGAGCCCCUGCACACCUACGAGGAAACCCCUCAUCUGGCCCAACACGAAGAAGAAGAGGCAAAGGAACACAAUGACUUCUACGCCAUGGGGCGCUGGCGGGAUGCCGAGAGGAGCGCAGGCGGGCAAGACCCCCAGCAUCACAUCUAUUCAGAGGUGAACCUAAGGAGAGAGGCCUCCAGUCAUGUUCCCCUUCCAGCCAGGACAGCCCCCAACCAGCCUUUACGACCGCCUCGCAGGGCCGGUAACUGCCCCCCUCGAUCAGAUGGAAGUGUGCAGCGAUGUGGAGAUGCCAUCUUUCCUUCCCCAUCCCGACCUGGGGUCUUUCUGCCACCUCGUUCAGAACAACCUUUGACUGAUGACUCAGGCACAAGCAUCUACAAACAGAUCCCAGCGAGGCCAACCAGCGCAAAGCCUUCACUGCCUCCACCCAACCCCUGACCACUCUUUACUAAGACCCUGUCAUACAACGCCACUUGUAAACCCCACACCCAAGACCCUCUCUGCAAUUAUCAUUUAACAAAAUAAUGACAACCCCAAUAUAUUUUAAGCCUUAAUGUACUCAGAUUAAGGUAUGUUUUCUAUUUAACUUGAGGCUUGAUCAUCCUGAAUGUCAAGUCUCUGUGUGCCAAAAAUGCAUCUACAGAAGUUGUGCAAAAGAUUGACAGAAUGGUAAACACAAGAAUCUCACUUUAUAAAACCCAGCGUUUUUGUUUAUUUCCCAAACAUGAAGUUCCAAGUCACCUGAGAAAUUACUUGAGGGUUUCAAAUUAAUUACAAAAUAAAACAAAAAUGCAGCCAUUC